GUGACUUUUGAGCAUAUGGCUGUGGGCAUCACCCAGGAGUGGGGGCUGCUGGAGGCUGCCCAGAGGACCCUGUACUGUGACAUGAUGUUGGAGACCUUUGGACUCCUGGUCUUCAUGGAACAUCAGCACCCCAAGCCGGACAUCAUCCCCUGGCUUGAGCAGGAGGCUAAGCUGUGGGCAGUAGAUACCAGAGUUCCCCUAGGUGUUAAACCAGAUCAAACUACACCACAGGCUUGGAAACUGUACAUAAAACAGACUGGUCUGUGGCAAGGCAUCUCUGAAGAACUGAUGAUGUCUUGGUAGGAAGAAUCCUGUGGUUUGGUGUAUGAUCCUCCAGAGGAAGACACCAAGGACCACAGGCAGUGGAGCCAUGACAGCCCAGACAGCUGUGUGAUGCAGGCAGCCUUCAUGCCUAUGAGGGAGCAGCAGGGGAAUGGGUUUGGAGAACAGCGGAGUCUGAGCCAUAACCUCCCAACCCAACCAAUGACUCCUGAAAGACAAGACCCUUGUAUAUGGGGAACACAUGUAAACAGACAGGAACCAGACUCAAAUGCUCACCAGAACGCCUAUGCAAAAGAGAAACCCUACAAAUGUCGGGAAUGCGGAAAGGCCUUUAGUCACAGCUCAGCACUCAUUGAACACCAUCGGACACACACUGGAGAGAGGCCAUAUGAAUGUCGUGAGUGUGGAAAAAGCUUCCGAAACAGCUCAGCCCUUACCAAACACCAGAGGAUCCACACUGGGGAGAAACCCUACAAAUGCAAUCAUUGUGGGAGGACCUUCAACCAAAUCGCCCCGCUGAUCCAGCACCAGAGAACUCACACAGGUGAGAAGCCUUAUGAGUGCAGUGAAUGUGGGAAAUCCUUCAGUUUUAGGUCCUCCUUCAGCCAACAUGAGCGUACUCACACAGGUGAGAAGCCCUAUGAGUGCGGUGAAUGUGGGAAAGCCUUCCGGCAAAGUAUUCACCUCACCCAGCACCUGCGAAUCCACACUGGGGAGAAGCCCUAUCAGUGUGGAGAGUGUGGCAAGGCCUUCAGUCACAGCUCAUCGUUGACAAAACACCAGCGAAUCCACACCGGGGAGAAGCCCUACCAGUGCCAUGAGUGUGGCAAAGCCUUCACCCAGAUCACACCACUAAUUCAGCAUCAGAGGACCCACACAGGAGAGAAGCCCUACGAGUGCAAUGAGUGUGGAAAAGCCUUCAGCCAGAGCACCCUCCUGACCGAGCAUCGGAGGAUCCACACAGGAGAAAGGCCCUAUGGAUGCAAUGAGUGUGGGAAAACCUUCAGUCACAGCUCAUCGCUUAGCCAGCAUGAAAGGACACACACGGGAGAGAAGCCCUACGAAUGCAGCCAGUGUGGCAAGGCUUUCCGGCAGAGCACACACCUCACUCAGCACCAGAGAAUCCACACUGGGGAGAAACCCUACGAGUGUAAUGAUUGUGGCAAGGCCUUCAGCCAUAGCUCAUCCCUAUCUAAACAUCAGCGGAUCCACACUGGGGAGAAGCCCUACAAAUGUAAUGAAUGUGGUAGAGCCUUCAGCCAGCUCGCCCCCCUCAUCCAGCAUCAGAGGAUCCACACAGGAGAGAAGCCCUAUGAAUGUAAUGAGUGUGGCAGAGCCUUCAGCCAGAGCUCCCUUCUCAUAGAACACCUGAGGAUUCACACCAAGGAAAAGCCCUAUGGAUGCAAUGAGUGUGGAAAAUCCUUCAGUCACAGCUCAUCGCUCAGCCAGCAUGAAAGGACACACACCGGGGAAAAGCCCUAUGAAUGUCAGGAUUGUGGAAAAUCCUUCCGGCAAAGCACCCACCUUACUCAGCACCGGAGAAUUCACACAGGAGAGAAGCCGUAUGAAUGCGGUGACUGUGGGAAAGCCUUCACACACAGCUCCUCCCUAACCAAGCACCAGAGAACUCAUACUGGGUAA